GAGCCGUGUGUCUGAGGAUCGACAGCAGGAACCGGACACAGCCGACACACCUGGACUCACCUGGAUUCUGCCGGCCAGCCUGGACCAAACUCACUUGAACUGAUCUGAACCAAUCUGAUCUGAUCUGGACCUCAGCCGACUCACCUGAGGGGAAGACACACUGACUCACAGGUCUCACCAGCGCUCGGUUGCUGCGUUGCCGUGGCAAUGUUCCACCGCAGGAAGAAGAGGCGCAGGCCACAGAUCUCUGCGCCACAGGACUUCCAGCACCGUGUCCACACUUCCUUCGAUGUGGCCUCCGGACGCUACGUGGGUCUGCCGCCACAGUGGCAGAGCGUCAUCGACACACUGAGGAGGCCACGCCCCCUGGUGGACCCCUCCAGGAUCACUGAGGUCGAGCUCAAGAAGACGAUUGUUCGCGGGAGUUUUAUCGGUCAUGGCGACUACAUCUCACACGUGAUCUCUGAGAUGAGCCGUCUGUCCGUCACCAGCUCCAACUCUCUGCGCCGCAGCAGCCCGUCGGCACGGAAACGCGCCCAGUCACUGGGCCGACUGGGAGAAGUGGAGGAGGACGAGUCGUACCAGUACGAGGAGCUCAAUCGCCGCGGAGAUGGCGGGAAGACAGACGGGAGCUCCACCUACUGGCAGGACAGGAUCCGACAGGUGCGCAGUGAAAGCGGCAGCCCCAAACUGAAUGGAACUCUGCAGAGAGCCAAGUCCACCUGCGAGGUGGCCACGCCCCGCACACCUGUGACGCCUCAGAGGACAGGCGUGAUGACGGGUUCUACAGGCAUGACGACGGGUUCUACAGGCGUGACAACGGGUUCUACAGGCGUGUCGGGUUCUACAGGCGUGACGGGUUCUACAGGCGUGACUGGUUCCCCAGGAGGACAGUACGCCCACAGUGAGGGGGCGGGGCUCAGACAGAGGCCCACUUCCUGUCACUACAACCUGCCGACUGCAGAGACCAACAGCAGAGCUCACCUGAGACUGAAACCAGCAGCCAAUCACCUGCCCGACCUGCUGUCCUCGUCCAGAGAAACUCCCAGAAGGCCUUACUCCUCCUACGACCUCAAGGUGCCCUCGCCCUCUUCCCCCCUCCUGCUGCCACCACCCAACAGCACCAGCAGCCCCAUCAUCACAGGUCGACCUCACCGCCCGCUCCGCCCCUCCUCCAGCUUCAGUAUCGGACAUUCUCCAAGAACACCGACCCCGCUGACUCAGCCCCGCCCCUCCCCCACAGGCUCCCCGGCACACCUCCCCAGCCACCCCUCCCCCUCCUCCACCCAGCAGACGGUACCUAACGGAGGUGGGAAGGUGACUCAUGAGCAGUUCAAGGCGGCGCUGCAGAUGGUGGUGGACCCGGGCGACCCGAGAAUGACUCUGGAGAACUUUGUGAAGAUCGGCGAGGGGUCAACGGGCGUGGUCUGCAUCGCCCGGGAGAAACACAGCGGGCGCCAGGUGGCCGUGAAGAUGAUGGAUCUGAGGAAGCAGCAGCGCCGCGAGCUGCUCUUCAACGAGGUGGUCAUCAUGAGGGACUACAGGCACCAGAACGUGGUGGAGAUGCACCGCAGCGCCCUGGUGGAGGAGGAACUCUGGGUAAUCAUGGAGUACCUGCAGGGCGGCGCUCUCACCCACAUUGUCAGUGAGACCAGGCUGAACGAGGAGCAGACGGCGACGGUGUGUGAGGGCGUCCUGCAGGCGCUGUCGUACCUUCACUCUCAGGGAGUCAUUCACAGAGACAUUAAGAGCGACUCCAUCCUGCUGACACUGGACGGAAGGAUCAAACUGUCAGACUUUGGUUUCUGCGCUCAGAUCAGUAAAGACGUCCCAAAGAGGAAGUCUCUGGUCGGGACGCCGUACUGGAUGGCUCCUGAAGUCAUCGCCAAAAGACCGUACGGGACCGAGGUGGACAUCUGGUCUCUGGGCAUCAUGGUGGUGGAGAUGGUGGACGGAGAGCCGCCAUAUUUCAGCGACACGCCCAUCACCGCCAUGAAGAAGCUGAGAGACGAAGCAGCACCGGGCGUGAAGAACAUCCACAGGGUGUCUCCAGUGUUGAAGGACUUUCUGAGCUGCAUGCUGACUCGUGACACGAAGCAGCGUUCCAGCGCUGCCGACCUCCUGAAGCACCCGUUCCUGCUGCAGGCUGGCUCGCCGCGCUGCCUGGUGCCGCUGGUGGAGCAGCACCGCAAACGCAUGUCGCUCUGCUGAACACCUGAGAACACGCCUGACCUGAGAAUUUUGGGUGAUCUGAUCACUAAUGGACACGUUACCGAUGCAGCUCGUCAACAGACGACCACACACAGUGAUUCCUAACGCUAUUAAAGGAUCUGCGUUAGCUUAAAAUCACGUGACGCUCACUGAUGAAACUUGA